AUGUUUACAAUGAUUGGACAGCAUGCUACGGGCGCGGGGCAUUGGUCAGCCUGGUCCAUGCUCAAGCUACUUCUCCUGACGUCCUUCCCUACACUCUCAUUGACUGCCCCACCAUCUGUCUCUCAUCCGAUCGCUUCAUCUGAAUCUGAAUCUAUGAAAUCCUUGGCAGCACUGAAGACCAUGGCACCCAAAUAUCGAUUCACAGCCGUUCCCGGCUACUUCAAAAUGGAAGGCCGCGGCCCGAGGAAUGAGGUGCCUACGAUGCCGGGUAUGGGUCUAAUUGAUCAACCCUACCCCACCGACGAGGCUUUCGACCCCCAACGCUCAAAACAGCCAUGGGAGAGGUUUGUCAAUCUCCUCAACUCGUGGAAUGAAAGCGAGAAAGGAAAAGCGGCCUAUAAACUCAUAUAUGUCACCCGCCACGGCCAAGGCUACCACAAUGCCAAAGAGUCUGAUGUCGGCUCAGCCGAGUGGGAGACAAGAUGGGUAAUGCUCAAUGGAGACGACAACUCGACCUGGUUCGACUCCCACCUCACCCUAGAAGGCAUCCGUCAAGCCAUGACCAUGAACGCCUUUUGGCAGGAUGCCGCAACCAAGCUCAAACUCCCUCUUCCCAGGCGCUACUACGCCAGCCCUCUUGCUCGCUGUCUCGAGACUUGCAAGCUCUCAUUUGAAGGCAUCGAGUUACCCCCCGGUCAGGAGAAACCACCCUUCAAGCCCAUCAUCAAGGAGUUGCUUAGGGAAAGACUACAUUUUCACACGUGUGAUCGCCGCCGUAAUGGCACCUGGAUCAGGGAGAAUUUUCCCGAGUUUGAGUUUGAGGAGGGGUUUGUAGAUGAGGAUGUAUACUGGAAGACGGAGGGGAGAGAGACGCUCCAGGAGCAUGCCGCACGUACGAUGGCUUUGCUUGAGGAUGUAUUUGAGCAUGAUGAUGAGCAGAUUAUCAGCUUUUCGACUCAUUCGGGGACGAUAGCUGCGCUGAUCAAGGCGACGGGGCAUGAGGAUUUCUUUGUUGAGCCGGGGAAUGUGGUGCCAUUUUUGAUCAAGGGGGAGAUUAUUCAGCCUAACUGAGGGCAGGUCUGGGAUUACUAGAGUAUCCCGAGAUAGAGUUGGCUCUAGUGCAAUCAAAUCACAACAGACGUUUGAGGAGCUAGUCCACAGCAAAGGCUAAUACCAAGGGAAUUUCAGGUACGCUGACUGCUCAGUUGUACAUAUUUCGGAUCACUUAACUUUGUAUGACCGAACCACACUGGUAGUCACAAGACGCAAAAAGGCUGCUGUAUUGCGCUCCAUUACUGAAGAGUCUCAUGCAUAUAUAUGGCUUUUUCCCCACUGUACACGAAGCCCAACUGCAAUACCGAAAGUCUCCCGAGAAUCAGGCAUAGGUGCCUAUUUACAGACUCUGGCAGCACCUAUAAUUUGCCGGACCGGGACAUUUUCCUGCACCAAUGUUAGUCGACUGGACACCAUGGUGACUAGUCAAAAACAUACCGCUGUGCGUAACCCCCCAGCAGGCAUGUCCGUCCCAGUCGCAGUAUGAUCGAGGAGCACCGCAUGGCUUGUUGGUCGACCCCUCCAGGCCGAUGAGGCAGCAUCUGAUAUCGGCCGCGUCACCAGGGCAAGCACCGCUCUUGAAGACACCGCCGAAAGAGUUGCAGGUGCCGGUCGAAAUGCAGAUGCCGCUUUGUCCCCAGGUGCCGGUGGCGGCGCUACCGGAACAACGGCCAUUCACCACCGCGAGGGCGGUCAGGGGAAAGGUGGUCAGGAUGGCGAGCAGUUGCAUGGUGGAGGUGGAUUUGAAAGUGGGUGUUGAGAUGGGGAUAGAUGUCAUGAUCUGAGGACACAACGACCCCUUAAAUACCCGUUUCCUAGCCCCCGAGAGACAACCAUGAUGACUCCCCAAGCCCUGGGUCACCGUCCAUGCUGGAAAGACUCGCCUGAUAGUUCCUAAUACAGCAACAAAAUCGCUAUCGUCACCGCCCCCUCCCCAGGUCUGGAGCAGGACCCCAAAUGAGAUCGUGGACAGCAUGAGACGAAGUUACAUAA